ACGCCCCUUGCCUCCCACCCCGACCCGCGGACCGACCUCCGCGGCCGCCGACUCGUCCCCGCCCUCGCCGGCGCUGGGCCUUGCUGGGCCGAGCCGAGGGGCCGCGGGCCCGGAGCCGGGAUGCCAGAAGGGCCAUCUGUGAGGAAGUUUCACCAUUUGGUCUCCCCCUUUGUGGGGCAGCAGGUGGUCAGAACAGGUGGCAGCAGUAAGAAGCUAAACCCUGCCAGCUUUCAGUCCCUGUGGCUCCAGGACACCCAGGUCCACGGAAAGAAAUUAUUCCUUAGAUUUGAUCCAGAUGAAGAAAUCGGAUCCUCUGGCAACAACCCACUCCCAGAGUCUCUACAAAAAGGAGAGAGAAAGGAAGAGGCUGGGGACCAAAAGCAGGCCUUGGGGCCCAACAGCCAGAACACUGACCAGCCCUCCCAGUCCUGGGAGCUUGUUGUCCCCGGUGGAGAGGAUGCUUCGGAGUGUUUGGGGGGAGACGGCCCUGCAGGAGGAGCUGAGAGGUGGCUGCAGGUCCGCUUUGGUUUGUUUGGCAGCAUUUGGGUGAAUGAGUUCUCCAGAGCGAAGAAAGCAAACAAGAGGGGAGACUGGAGGGACCCGGUUCCAAGGUUGGUCCUGCACUUUGGUGGUGGUGGCUUCCUGGCAUUUUAUAAUUGUCAGAUGUCUUGGAGCUCUUCCCCAGUGGUCAGACCCACCUCUGACAUCUUGUCUGAAAAGUUCCAUCGAGGACAAGCCCUGGAAGCUCUGGGCCAGGAGCAGCCUGUCUGCUAUACAUUGUUGGACCAAAGAUACUUCUCAGGCUUAGGGAACAUCAUUAAGAAUGAAGCCUUGUACAGAGCUGGGAUCCAUCCCCUUUCUCUUGGUUCGCUCCUCAGUCCUCCACGACUUGAGGUCCUCCUGGAUCAUGUGGUAGAGUUCAGUGCAGACUGGCUUCAGGGCAAGUUCCAGGGCAAACAGCAGCACACACAGAUCUACCAGAAGGAGCAGUGCCCUGCCGGGCACCAGGUCAUGAAGGAGGCCUUUGGGCCUCCAGGUGGCUUCCAGAGGCUCACCUGGUGGUGCCCACAGUGCCAGCCCAGAUUGCCACCCAGCGAGCCGGAGCAAGUCCAGCUCCCCUAAGACGCUCGGGCACCUUCUUCACAAAACCUCAUCUUUUGGGGACCGUGAUGUCUGAGUGUCCAGAAAGGGGCAUGGGCAGGGCUUGGGACCGGGUACAGGAAUUAGAGGGCACGGUGGGGCAGGGCAUUGUCAGUACUGUUAUCUGGAGUUAUGUCUAAGACAGUUUCCGCAGGACUAGAUGUUUUUCUUUUUUAGUUUGGUUAAUUUUUCCUGUCUAAUUCUACCAUUGUGGAAGAUGAGAAAAAUCAUCAUGAAAAACCUCCCAGGACAGUGGGGCAAUGAAACUGAAAGCCGGUGGAAAACAGCUGUGCCCCAACAUUGCUGUGCAGGUGUUUGGUUUUGUUUUGGAAACAUUGGUUGUUUAAGGCCGUCCAUUUAAGAAACAUUUCUUCAUUGCCCUAGAGGGAUCCAGGGGUAAGGAUGCAGUAGCAUGAGAGCAGUGCUUGGAUUCAGCCUGCUGCCUGGUCUCUUCCCAUGGGAUGGAGACACCAGGAGAAGGGAUGGAGGGAAGAGGGCGACCGGAGAGCUGGCCACUUUCCUGGUGUGCCCAGUGGGCUUUAGAAAAAAGCUACUUGUUUUCUCUUCAAGGGGAUAUAUUUGUGACUGAUAAUUUAAACAAUGUUGGAAUCAAGCAAGGGUUGUAGAGAUACACUGUCAGGCUAUUAGCAACAACUGGAAGAAACCAGGACAGUGACAUAAAAAUAAAGCCCUCUGUUAUUUUC